GCCUACCGGCCAUUGUGGUGUCGGUGGGUUGUCCAAAACACUUUGCCAAACAACACCGAAAUUACGUGCCGAAUUCGUAGGCAAAAAUGCACACACAUUGCAAGAAUGCAAACAAACAAACAAACAAAAAAACACUGUACACAACACAACCAGAGGAAGUUCUUUCGUAAUGCAAUACAUUCUUUCGCGCAAAUUCGUUCUGCUGGGUUCGGGGUAGAAACUGGACGCGACUGGCCAGCACUUUUUGACAACCCAGCUUUGCACCGAGCUGCACCGAGCUUGGGUGAGCUUAAUCGCACGUUUUGCUCAAGCUUUGCUGCGCAUGAAGCGCAUCUUCUCGGCGUGAAAGCACGUGCGUACUGCGCUAUCCUAUAUAACCGUAACGUGCAGCUUUCCCGGCGAUCAUAGUGUAAUAACGCUCGGUACUGAUCGGUUCGAGCGAUGAAGUGUCCAACCCUGGCUGCCUGCUACGGCCGCAGGCGUAAAGCCACCACGAUGAUGGCGUGCUACCUUGGUGUGCUGUUGUGCUGUUGUGCGUCACUAGCAGCUGCGUCCAACUACUACGACGUGAUGGGUGAACAUCCAGUGGCUUACGAGCUUGUCUGUCCGGAGAAUGAGGAGCUGCGCGAUACGAUGCCGUGCUGUGAGCCAACUUGUAACCAUGACUGCUCGAACGCGAAGUGUUCCAACGCGUACGUCCGACAGCCAACGUGCGUGUGCAAGGAGGGCUAUGUGCGGCACAAGGGCAAGUGCAUCCGGUUGCGUCAGUGUCCCGCCAAGCCACCGGUUCCACGUAAGCCCCUAACCUAACCUUAACUAACAUAGCGUUCGAUUUCUAAAUGCGCUUUUCCAU